UCGGGCAACCAAAGAUCAUAGUAUGGUCCGAUUGUGGAUAUUUUACAAGGGGCGGGGAUGACACCAACAUUGCGUCGAUCGCUUCCGAAAAGAAUGCUACCGACACAACUUGUUAGUUUGUCUCCUCAUGCCGUGAAUGUUGCGAUCGAAUCUAUGUUGUGUCUUGACAUGAAUCGAUCCAUCACAUUGGAUAAAACGAACCAUCAAUGGAAUAACGUUAGACUGCGACCGCCAAACUUACGACCGUCCGAUCAACUCGGGCAAGUCCAACGGUGGCGAUUGCACCACACAUUCCGUCUUCGUCUUCCAGUCACCUGGCCUUUCCUUUCCGGAACUCCAGCUUUAGCGCCAGGAACAAAAAAAAAAAAAAAACAUCCUCGUUUGCAUGCCUUCCUCGAUCCUUGGCUCUAAGUACCAAUCUCUGCAUGCACGCUUGAUCGAUCGAAUCCAUUGUUCCCAGCAUGCCGGCGUCGAUCCUGGAAGCUCCUCUUCUCGGAAGUUAUCACCAGGAUCACGAUCACGAUCACCACCACCACCAGGACGAUCUAGAGGAGAACGAUCGGUUCCAGCCGCUCCAAUCACUCCACCGCCAGAGAGAAUGCUGCUGCUGCUCCAAGGAAUCCCGAUCAUCGCCCAGUUGCAACUCCUCCAUCUCCACCGUCGCAAAGCUCGCCGCUUCCUUCUUCUGCGUCUACAGUGCCAUGGACGCUCUCUCCGAGUACAUCACCUCGCUUCUCCCUGGCCACCUCGGCGACAAGUCCCUGUUCCUCUUGCAAGCAUCUCUCUGUGCCUCCACUCUCGCGGCCCCGACGAUCGUCUCCUCCAUCGGCGAGCUCCGCUCGAUGAUGCUAGGCGGCCUGGCUCACGCGACGUAUCUGGCUUCGCUCGUCAGGCCAAACCGGUCCAUGGUUCUCGGCUCCAGCGUCCUGUGUGGCUUUGGAGCGAGCUUGACUUGGGUCGCGCAGGGAACCUUUCUCACCAAGUGUACGCCACCUUCCAAGCGCGGCCUCUUCACCGGAGUCUUCUGGGGGAUCUGCUCGCUCUCCAGCAUCGUUGGAAACUUGGCAGCGUUCAUGGUCUUCAGGUUUCUCUCCCAGUCGGCGAUGUUCGGCCUAGGAAGCGUCAGUGCGACCGUCGGUGUUCUCGUUUUGCUCUUGGUCGAUGAUGUUGAUCGAGCGGCAAGUGAUGAACUUGACAAAGUUGGUCACCGGGUUGACAAAGCCGAAGUCUCUGGCGGUGGUGAAGAGAAAGUUGACGAAGAGUCGAUCAAGUGUUCCGCCUGCUUGGAGGAUCUGGACCAAGACGUAGAGAAAAGCCUGACCUGGCGGACGCUGCUCCCCUUCGUUCUUCUCUUGCCAAUAACUUGCUACCUGGGCUGCCAAACAGCGUUUUGGACUGGCGAGUUCACCAAGCUUUUGCCAGCAAACGCCAUCGGAAUCGUCCUGUUCUUCACGGGAAUCGGUCAAGUGAUCGGAUCCUUUUUCUUGAGCUGGUUGUCGGAUCUCCUACGUUGUGGGACGCCAACUUUCUUGGUGGGAGCAGCAGCCAGCGGAGCAGGACUAAUGGCUUGUUUCCCACUCCAAGAUCACCGGCGUAUCUCCAACUACGAGAUCGGCUGCUUCUUCGGGAUUCCAUUCUUGGGAGCACCGCUGCUGGCUUACGUCGCUGGACUUCUCUUUGGAAUCGCGGAUGGCGUUCUCACGAGCCAUGUCUUCGCCAUCACUGCUAGGAUCUUCCACGGCCAGAAACCCGAGAUCUGGGCUGUUUUCAAUCUGCUUGGUACCGCCGGCGCUGCCUCCACCUUUUGGAUUGGAAUCCUGUUCCCGAUCUCCAAAAACUCUGGGAUCGCACUUCAAGUCUGGAUCCAGCUCGCAGUACUCUUGGUCGGUAGUCCCCUGUACGUGAUCCUUGAUCUCUGGUCUUCUGCCAAAGUCGUGAAAAGGCCAGCGCUGGAAAACGAGUCAGUGAUGGCUGUGCCUGUAGCAGCUUGAAGAUGACAGGCAGUAGAAAAUGC